AUGCGGGGUGAUUCUGUCCUGCAACGAGUCUGGCUCGCCCUCGAAGAGAAAAGGAUCCCGUACGAAUAUAUCGAGGUCAACCCAUACAACAAGCCAGACUCACUACUCACACUGAACCCUCGAGGCCUAGUACCUACACUCUCGACGCCAGCAGAUCCACACCCACGGCCACUGUACGAUUCCACUGUGAUCCUGGAGUAUCUGGAAGAAGCAUACCCAGAUCACCAACCCCGCUUCCUACCAGAAGAUGCCUACGAGCGUGCCCGCGCACGCAUUUGGAUUGACUAUGUGACAUCUCGCAUAAUCCCAUAUUUUCACCGUUUCUUGCAGUGCCAGUCUGCAGAUGGCAAUGCGCAGAACACAGAUGCCGAGUUGGAUCAGGCUCGGCAAGAGUUUUUGAGUCACCUGAAAGCAUGGGUGGAGGAGACGCACACCGAUGGACCUUUCUUCCUUGGUAAGGAUAUAAGCUUGCCGGAUCUGGUGCUGGCUCCGUGGGCUGUACGACUGUGGGUGUUUGAUGAGUUUAAAAGUGGUGGAUUGGGGAUUCCGAAGGAGGGGGAAGGGGGUACAGAUGAGGGUAUCUGGAGCCGGUGGAGGACUUGGCUUGCUGCUGUUGAGAGCAGACGUAGUAUCAAGGAGACUACCAGUGAUCAAACUGUCAUGGCACGCAAUAUGAGGGGCGAAUCUCCCCGCGGGAGCUCAGCGCUGGAAACCGGCCCGUCAGCACCGGCCAUCCACCCGUCUUUUAUACAGGUGGCCAACCCAUACAUAUUCGAACAGACAGUCGAAAACUGCAUCGAGGCGAUGAGCGUUAAUCCCCUUCGUGAAACUUCAUUGCGUCUUCAGGGCGUAGCAUGGAUUGACAGCGUGCGGAGGGCCCUUAACCUUCCUAUUCGCACUUUUGACACAGCAGUAGGAUAUUAUCACCGAUUUAGAUUGGUGCACCCAGACAAUGAGUAUAUUUUCACAGAUGCUGCGGCUGCGGCUUUAUUCACAGCAUGCAAGAUCGAAGAUACGCUGAAGAAGUCGCGAGACAUCGUCUGCGCAGCGUACAACUUGAAAGUAGCGCCAUCAGAGCACUUAUCGGCUGAUGAUCCCAUGUUUGAAUCCAAUGCGCGUGGCAUCAUCGGUCUCGAACGACUCAUGUUAGAGGCCUCAGGCUUUGACUUUCGAACCCGGCACCCCCAAAAGACCCUCAUGAAGCUGGGUCGGCAUUAUGGACUACUAAAAAACUCCGAAGUCUCCAAUAUUGCCUACCGCAUUUCGUCCGAUCUUUACCGGACAUUUGCACCUAUCAAACAAAACUCAUCGACGAUGGCCUUUAGUUGCCUUGAGCUUGCAGGACGACUCUUAGACCAGCGCGUCAAACAAGUGGAGUCCGGGGUAGACUAUGCGCAGUGGAGCACCAGCCGAGCAGAAAUCAUGGAAACCCUCUUCGACCUCUUAGAACUCUAUACCCACCACCGAUCACAAACCGCUGUCGGCCCGGAAUUUCCAGCAGACCGGUUCCUAACAGUCCGCAUCCCGCUCAACCAAGAAGCCAGCGAGCAAAACAUCCCGCGCUACCACCCGUGGAUCGGCCAGCCACGUAAACAAUCCAAUGGCAGUGGCGCGAACGACCAAGAUGCUCCACGACCUGCUCAUCCCUUGACACCAAUUGCAGCGAAUGGGGACCGCCAGAGGACAGGCGAGCGAGGUCGCGACGCCGCCGUGCGAUUCAUGCUCGAUCCCGCAUGUGCGGAUGAGGAGAGGCGACAGGUCGCGGCGUACUUCAAAGUCGAAAUGGAAGAAUAUGAGGUCGACGGGUAA